GAUAGGGGGAUGGGAAAACGGAAAAUAUUGGAGUGAAGUUAACAAAAGGACAUUAAGGGACAUGAAAUAAACGAAUUCCGACCAUUCCCGUUUCGAAUUUCCCAAAUUUCCCCCAAAUGGCGACUUUUCGAUCUGGCGCCGGCGGUAAAAUUGUUGCGAAUCGCCGGAAGCAGCGGCUGGGCGCCACCCCCUACGACCGUCCUCUGCCGGAACCGUCUCGGCCUCCUCCGCCAAAAAGCCCUAAUUGGUUUAGCGGCGUCAUUGUUCCAUCUGCUCGCGCGCUUGCUUCGGGGGCGGGGAGAAUCCUCUCCUCCAUCUUCUCCGAGUCGGAGUCCUCUUCUGAAGACGAGAACUCCGCUUCAGAGGAUGAUGUUCAAAAUGAUAAUCACUAUGGAGGCCCUUAUGAUGGGGUUAACACGUCCAACGAGAAAAAUGUGACUUCACCAGAAUUGAUGCAACAUGGACAAGCGUCUCAAUUGAGUGUGAGGAGAACUGAAACCAAACAGAUAAUCGAGCAACUUAUUAUGCGGGAGACUUUUUCGAGGGAAGAAUGUGAUAAGUUGACACAAGUUCUUAACUCACGAGUUAUGGACGGUUCAACAGAAGCAGGGGAGAGAAUUUUACUUGCUGGCUCUCUUGGGAAGACACUUGACCAUGAACACGUAGAUAUAUACAACCAAGCUGUUCAGGAAGCUAAAAAAUGGUUUAAAGAGAAGAAAGUGGGGUCAAGUUCAGUGACAGAGUUGGCUCCUGGGACCAGUAACCUUAAUUCAACUGGAGUUGAUUACAUAGAAAGUGGAGGAGGUUCUCCUGUGGAUUUGGCAAGAUCCUAUAUGAAGGAGAGGCCACCUUGGGCAUCACCGACGAGAAAUUUUGAGUUAACCCCCUUGACAACGACAAUGAAACUUUUCAAGGAAGAAACAUUGUAUUCAGUUGGCCAAGAUCUUUUGUCUUCAUCAAAGAAACGGAAUUCUCUUGCCUCUGGAUCAUGGAAUAUUCAGGAAGAAUUACGGAGAGUGCGGUCAAAGGCAACAGAAGAUUUGCUACGCACUCCAUCCACUAAAAUUGAUCCAUCAUUGUUUGCAGUUACUCCAAGUAGGGAGAACUCUGUAGGAGCUGGUAAUCUGUUGUUUGCUUUGGGGGAGAGAAUGACUGAGCCAGAGUUAUUGGUGGAUGCAGGAGUGAGCUCUGAUCCUGCCCUUGCAGCUUUGGAGUCAAGACAAGCUGAUAAGGCAAGUGAAGCGCUCUCAUCCAAGCCAGCUACUUCUGUUUCUGGAAAUAAUGAGGAUGCAGAAGCUGUUCAGGCAUCAUCCAGGUCCCCUCAUUCUUCCAGUGCCAAUCAUGCCGAGGAGCACCAUACUGAUCCACAUUUAAGUAAGACUAAUGGAGCUCCGACAACUGAGGUGGCUGAAUUUGGUGGAAAGCAGAGCAUAAAUGGUCCCUCAUCAUCUCAAGCUAGCUUGUCGGCAGGAGUGGACACCUCAGGAUUAGGGUCAGAGCAAAACUACAAGCAAUAUGAUGAGGAAAACCAUAAUGCAGAUACUGUAAAUGAGAAGAAGCCUGUGAGUAUUGUGAACGUGGAAGGUAAGUGUGAGCUUCUGAGCGAAGCUUACAUGGAAGUCCCUAUUGUUACUGAAACCGAUAGCAUUGCAAGUGGUUCUCAGAAUAGUUUGGCCAUGCAACAUGAAGAAUUAUCGCAAGAUAUGGCCCAGCCAUCUCUAAAUGAAAAGGUCGAUUCCACUGCUGGGAAACAACAGGGAGGAAAAUCGGGUAAAUACAAGACGAGGCAGAGGAAGAGGUGAAUGAAGAGAUACCUCAUGGUGGGUGCAUAUAUAUGUUGUACACUACUGUAGGAAAAACUUCCACUGUGCCAGUUUAGGAUUGUUGUACUUUAGGCCCAAAUUUAUGAGUUAUUUGUGGAGUCAUAUGGUUUUUGCAAAAGAAUGGCUCUCAUGGUUAGUCACUUUUCUUCUGAACCUUAGAUGGAGGAGCUUUGUUUAAUUGGACACUGUCCGAACCAUUCCCUCGAUUACAGUUUAUACCCAUUCUAAAAGUUCCUAA